AUGAAGUAGCUAAUACAGAAUAAGAAAUAAGAACAUCUAGAAUUUUUGAGUUCAUUGGAGAAAUUAGAAAUAUAGUAAUAAAGAAAAGAGCUGCAAAUAUUAUAAACAAUUUACACCAUAAGAAAAAAAAGAGCAAGAUCUAGAGAUAAUAUCAACAACACAAUUUGUUUCACCAAUGGUUAAUUAAUUUAAAGCCAACAAAAGACUUAUGAAAGUGAUGAUGAAACAAAAGAGGAGAGUGAUUUAGAUAAAAUAGUUAUGCAUAAAUUAAAAGAGAAGAUCAAAAACAGAAAGAAAUGUAAUUAUAAUCUUAAAAAUAAAAGAGAAUUUCAGAUGUACUUAUUAGUUUAUGAGUCAAAUGAAAUAAGUAAGUAUUGAUAUCAAGUAUUAUGAUUUCUUAAAAUUGAAUCCUUACAAUAAUGUUAAUGAUACCAUACUAAAGUUAUUCAAAAAUAUAUCAUUUCAUGGAGAAUAAAAAUAGAUUAACACAUAGUAUAUAAAGAACAAUUAAAUGUUAUAAAGAUAACAUAUUUAACUAUUUCCUUUGCAUUAACUUGAACAUUAGACAGUAAGGUUUGUAGUUAAUCCAUUACAAGUUUGCGAAUAAUUGUACAAUAAUAACUUUUAAUUGAGUAAUGAUGUUAGUUAGAAUGGGUAUUUGAUCUAUUUUGAUUUACAUCUUAUAUAUUAAAUUCUAUUGGAUGCAUGUAUAUAAUCUUAAACAAAAAAGAUAUAGUUAUGA